GACGAGGCGGCCACAGGGAUGAUGAGGGCGAGGAUGGGGCGGAGCGCGCAGCGAGCGGGACCGGGCCGCGGCCAAGCGGCGCCGCCCAGGAAGGCAUCCAGGAGAAAGUGUGUUCUUACCGACCACCACACCUGAGAGCAGCCCCACAUCGGCCUGGAGCUGACGAUGGCAGCUGAGGGGCUGCCUGUGGGCACCCCCCCUGGGACCCUGCCCAGCUGGGAGCUGGAGGCCUGGUACCAGGACCUGCAGGAGCUGUUGGCCGCUGAGGAGCCCUUUGGGCCUUCCCCACCCUGGGGGGCUGAGCAGGAGCAGGCAGAGCUGCCCCCUCUGUGGGGCACGGAGGGGGCCAGUGGUGGCCCUGAGGGCUGUGAGCUGGAUGCCACCCUGGCCACGGAGCUGCUGGAGCUGCUGGGGCCAGACGACAGCGGUGGCACCGAGGCAGCCGUGGCACAGCCAGCACCAGCCCCUGCUCGGAGCUCCCCGCCGCAGCUUCACGCAGAGGAGGACGAGGAUGAGGAGGGAGCAGCCGAAGGGCGCGGGGGGAAGAGGAGGAAGAGAGGCAGCGGCGUGGAGGCGGCCAGACGGGCGGCUGAGCAGCGAGUGCGGGAGCUGACGGCCCAGAACGAGCGGCUGCGGGGCCGCAUCCGGCAGCUCAGCGCCGAGGUGCAGCGCACGCGGGCGGCUCUCAUCGAGCGCAUGGUCACCCUGCGGCGGGCGUAGCGCUGGCACCCGCACGGCUCAGGACCACUGCAGGGCUCAGGACCACUGCAGGGCUCAGGACCACUGCAGGGCUCAGGACCACGGCUGCCAGGCUCAGGACCACAGCUGCCAGGCCAAGGACCACAGGCAAGCUGAACAUCCUGCCUGCCAGGCCCAGGACCAUGGCUGCCAGGCUCAGGACCAUGGGCAAGCUGGGCAUCCUGACUGCCAGGCUCAGGACCACGGCUGCCAGGCUCAGGACCACAGGGAAGCUGAGCAUCCUGCCAGGCUCAGGACCAUGGGCAAGCUGAACAUCCUGCCUGCCAGGCUCAGGACCAUGGGCAAGCUGGGCAUCCUGACUGCCAGGCCCAGGACCAUGGCUGCCAGGCUCAGGACCACGGGCAAGCUGAGCAUCCUGACUGCCAGGCCCAGGACCAUGGCUGCCAGGCUCAGGACCACGGGCAAGCUGAGCAUCCUGACUGCCAGGCCCAGGACCAUGGCUGCCAGGCUCAGGACCAUAGACAAGCUGAGCAUCCUGACUGCCAGGCCCAGGACCACGGCUGCCAGGCUCAGGACCAUGGGCAAGCUGAACAUCCUGACUGCCAGGACCACGGCUGCCAGGCUCAGGACCAUGGGCAAGCUGAGCAUCCUGACUGCCAGGCCCAGGACCACGGGCAAGCUGAGCAUCCUGACUGCCAGGCCCAGGACCACGGCUGCCAGGCUCAGGACCACAGGGAAGCUGAGCAUCCUGACUGCCAGGCUCAGGACCAUGGGCAAGCUGAGCAUCCUGACUGCCAGGCUCGGGACUCGCUGCAGUGCUGAGGAUUGUGGCUGCCACGCCCAGGAGCACUGUGGGGACAAGGCUCAUGGCUACUGGCACUGGACCACUGCAGGGCUGAGGAUUGUGGCUGCCAGGCCCACUGCAGGGCUCAAGGUCAUGGCUACCAGGCUCAGGAGCCCUGUGAAGUUAAGGAUUGUGGCUGCCAGGCCCAGGAGGCUGAAAGUCACAGCUGCCAGACACGUGGCUGCUGGGCUCAGGAGCCACCACCACAGGGUCAAAGGGCCACUGGUGCCAGGCUGAGAGCCACUGGGCAUGAAGCCACCACCACAGGGCUGAGGGCCACUGCUUUUUGAGCCACCAGCACUGGACUAAGAGCCACCACUGCCAGGUCCAGGGGAACCCUGCUCAGCAGCCACCACUACACAGGGCCAAGAGCCGCUGCUGCUGGGCACAGCAGCCACCACCACCACGAGAGCCCCUGGGCACAGCCACUGCUGCUGGGCUGAGAGCUGCUGCUGCCAGGCCCAGGGACACCCUGCUCAGGAGCCACCUCUGCUGUGCCCAGCAAAGCCAGGACUGUGCUGGCUCCCUGAGGAACUGAGGGCACUGCCCCUGGGCACAGACUGCUGCUGGGGGAGGGCACCACAUCCAUCUGUUAUUGUACAGUGUCUGUUUAUUACAGGUCAGUACCAGCACAA